UUGAGGAAGCUAGAUGCAGCGUUGCAAGCCAUGGAGGCGGAAGACGACACAGGCACUCUCCAGCAAUUGAAAAAGUCGCUGCAAAUGGAGCUCCAAGAGCAGGAUAGUUUGGUGAGUAGUGGGGGCCCCGGCAAAGCGGAUGAGGAUAACGAUGACGCAGACGCUGAGCCUCAAGGUAAUAAGAGCGAAGAUGAUGAUGAAGAUGACGAUGGAUAUGGAAGCAGCGACUUCGAAGAAGAGGAAGAAAUUGCCAGCGAGAUUUCCGAGGAAAUGGAGUCCAUGCCAGAGCUCUCGGAUAAAGAAGAUGAAAGCGAAGACGGAGCAGCCACGUCGGCGGCAGAGAUCGAGCCACCUAGCACCCUUCGAAACGAUACCCGGGUUGACAGUGAAGAUGCGUUGAACAGCUACGACUACAUUGAAGAUGUUGAGAGAGGUGGGUGGUAA